UCUCCACAACAGCUGUGGGAGUUCAAAGAACCCUCCCCCAUCUGUUCAGGACACGAACGUCCAUUCGGAAUGUGGUUCUCCGAGAUCUCCACCACUGCCACCACAGUCCUGCCGCAUACGUAAAGACGCGAGGGGCCAUUCUUGAAUGUUCUUUUGCUUCCACGAUGAGCAAGCAAGGCGACGCUUCUGUCCGCCGCCGUAAAGAGAUGAGCGAUCCGGCCAAAUCCGCCGCCGCCGUUACUUCGGCGGCUGCGGCUUUGGCGGCUUCCCAGCAUCUCAACGGCGGUGGCGGCGAACCCGAGCGAGUGCGCCUCGGACGACGAGAAGGAAGAGGUGGCGGAAGAGGUGGAGGACGAGGGUCAGGAGGAGAGGGACCGGGAGAGGUCGUGCCUGGCUCUGGUGCCGAGGGGCAACGAGAGGCGCGCGUGGUGUCGGCCUGCGUGCUGUUACUUGCCACGGCCACGAGGUUCUAUCGCCUGGACGAGCCAGACCAUGUGUGUUGGGACGAGACUCACUUUGGCAAGAUGGGAAGUUACUACAUCAACAACACGUUCUUCUUCGAUGUCCACCCUCCACUCGGCAAGAUGCUGAUCGGCCUGGCUGGGCACCUCAGUGGCUACAACGGCGCCUUCCCUUUCUCCAAGCCCGGUGACAAGUACGGCGCGGCGGAGUACCUGGGCAUGCGAGCCUUUUGCGCGCUGCUGGGGUCACUGGCGGUAUUUUUCGCGCACCUGACCGUGCUGGAGGUGACGCGCUCCAUCUCCGCCUCGGUCGUCCUCGCGGCGCUCCUCAUUUUCGACACGGGCUGCCUCACACUGUCUCAGUACAUCCUGCUGGACCCCGUGCUCCUCUUCUUCAUCAUGGGGGCCACGUACGGCAUGGCACGCAUCGGCUGGGGUGGCCACAGGCCUUUCUCUGCCGGAUGGUGGCUCUGGCUCGCUUUCACGGGCGUGUUCCUGGCCGGCGCGGUGAGCGUCAAGUUCGUGGGGCUCUUCGUGGUGACCCUCGUGGGCCUUCGCACGGCGGCUGAGCUGUGGGCGCUCCUGGGAGACCUCCGCCUGCCCGUGAGUGAAUUCGGGUGGCACUUUGUGGCGCGGGCGAGCUGCCUUAUUGCCCUUCCGGUGGUGCUGUACGUUGUGACGUUCGCUGUUCACGUCGCUGUACUUUCGCAAAGUGGAAAUGGAGACGGCUUCUUCAGUUCCGGCUUCCAGGCGAGACUGAUGGGAAACAGCCUGUACAACGCGUCCAUGCCCGAGUACAUCGCGUACGGAUCGGUGGUGACGCUGAAGAAUGUGCGGACAGCGGGAGGCUACCUGCACUCACACUGGCACCUCUACCCUGAGGGCGUGGGGGCCAUGCAGCAGCAGAUCACCGCCUACACCCACAAAGACCAGAACAACAUGUGGCUCGUCAAGAAGCACGACCGGAAUCCGAGUGACAGCGACCCCCCGGAACUCGUGCAGAAUGGAGAUGUCAUCCGCCUGGAGCACGUCGUAACAAAGAGGAACCUGCACAGUCACAAGGAGCGCGCUCCCCUCUCCUCGAAGCACUUGCAGGUCACCGGCUACGGAGAGAACGGCACGGGGGACUCCAACGACUUGUGGCGCGUGGAGGUGGUGGGCGGUGCGACAGGGGAGGCGCUCGGGGUGGUGCGGAGCAGAGUGCGCCUGGUGCACCUGCCCACAGGCUGCCUGCUCCACUCGCACUCCAAGAUGCUGCCCAAGUGGGGCUGGGAGCAGAUGGAGGUGACCUGUAACCUGUAUAAGAAGGACACCGGGAACGUCCUCUGGAAUGUGGAGGAGCAUAUUAAUCCCAAAUUGCCCAACGUCAGCUUUGAAGUGUUCAAGUCGUCCUUCCUGGAGGUUUUUAUCGAGUCCCACAUCGUUAUGGCGCAGAGCAACAGUGGGCUGAAACCCAAGGAGAAUGAAGUGACUUCACAGCCGUGGCAGUGGCCCAUCAACUACCGGGGCCAGCGGUUUUCGGGCGUUAAUGAGACCGAUUACCGCGUGUACUUAUUGGGAAAUCCGGUGAUCUGGUGGUGGAACCUGGGCAGCCUCUUUGUGUUUCUGGUGAUGUUCUGCUUCUUGGGGUUUGCGAUCCGUCGCCGAUGCCCCCUGGCCAGCAAGCUUCAGGCCCGCACCCCAGAGUUUAUGGACGGCGGGUUCUGGUUUUUCCUGGGCUGGAUGCUGCACUACCUGCCAUUCUUCACGAUGGGUCGCGUCCUCUACUUCCACCACUACUUCCCGGCCAUGAUGUACAGCAGCAUGCUCACCGCGGCCACGUGGGACGCCGCUCUGCGCUGGGCGGGCCUCUUGCUGGGCCACGCCGGGGAGAGGUUACACACGGCCGGGACGGUGCUGAUGCUGCUCCUCUGCGUCUACAGUUUUUAUCUCUUCCACCCGCUUUCGUACGGGAUGACGGGGCCUUACUCAACGGAUCCCAGCAGCGAUAUGGCCGGCCUGCGAUGGAUGGAUGCGUGGGAAUUUUAACCUCUCAACCUUUGGCUCUGCCAGACAACUAGAGCGCCCGCAAAGAAGUCCCGAGGCAACGGAGUCCUCCACGGGUUUCCACGCGUGCAGGUGGAUUAAUUUAGAAACUGCGAGGCGCUCUGCUUCAUUGUUGGCGCUUUCUCCGAGAGACUGGUGCUCGCAGCAAACAGCAGCUUUGCAGGAAACUGGUCUAAUGAAGACCUCCACUGGUGCCGCAUCUUCAUCGACACGACCAGCGCACAUUUAACUCGUGCUCCACUGAUCACUCCUAUUCCUGCACGUGACAAUAUUGUUCAGGAGUGAAAUGGCCAAUGCCGAGGUCUGCUGUCCACGAGAGGGCUUUCAGGGUUAAGAGUUCGUGUCGUUUUGAUGCUCCUUUGUUGAAGGAUGCAGACUACGGCGGUUUGUUUUUACGUGGUUCACAAAUAGUCCACGAUGGCACGUGUCAUCACCUGAGACUGAUAGACCCGAGGUGGACUAUGUUAACUCCUCCAACUCACGUUGCCAGAACCCCUCCGAUUGGAACAUUGCAGCGUUUCAUCAUUGACGAAUGCUCACCACCACCAGCGGCUUGUCUGAUUUGAAUGCCAUGUCAAACGGCGAAGUUUUCAACGUCACGAUAAGCGAGGAGUCGAUUGUGAGAGCGUACUGCUGUGCUUGCCUGUCAGUUGAAAUAGACACGUGCUCUAGAAGUUUUAUUGAACGGUGCAUUGUCUCGAGGUAUAUUAUAGGGGAUGUAAGGAUUAACGGCGCUGGCAACUCGAUGACUUGUUACAAUUUCAGGGAAGAAUAGACGCUUCAAAUGGGUGCUGAAAAUUGCAGCCACUUGUCUGCAGGGUAUGUGUGACCCGUUGGACCGUAUAUGAUUCAUGCUGAAACUGAAUUCAAUGCUUGUUUAUUGCCAACUUAAGAAUCGAUAUUAAUAGGUGAAUUGAUGCGUCGUGAUUACACCUCUUGUAAUUACUGUUUACGUGCAGUCUUGAGCCUGUUCUACAACUGAAAUAUUGAUUGCGGGAAAGAAGGGAACGGUUAUGGGAUUGUAGACGGUAUUUAUUUCCUUUUUGGUAUGAAAUAGUAAAACGUGGCCGAAACAACGUUCUUGUGAAACUUAUUUUUCCUGUAAAUAAACAUUUAAAACGUGGGGUGGCUUGCUACCGAUA